ACUGUGACGUAUUAUUUUGAUUUAAAAACUUAAAACUUAGUCUUUGAAUUGAGGCUUUGUCAAAUCUCUUCUAGUACCUCCAAAAAUUUCCCUUUCUUGAGAUGGGGGAAACAAAGCUACGUAUUUUAGAACUUUAUAGUGGAAUUGGUGGCAUGCAUUAUGCAGCUGAAUUAGCAAAUGUUGGAGCAGAAGUUGUUUUCUCUGUAGACAUCAAUACGUCCGCGAAUGAAGUUUAUCGACAUAAUUUCAAGCAAACUAAUCAACAGUCACGAAACAUUGAAUCCCUUAAUGCAAACGAAAUCAACAAGUUAAAGCCCAACUUUAUAAUGAUGAGCCCACCCUGCCAGCCAUUUACCAGAGUUGGCUUGAAACUGGAUGUAGAAGAUUCCCGUUGUUCAUCAUUUCUUCACUUGUUAGAUGUACUCCCACAUUUAGAAACAAUUUCAUUUAUUUUAAUGGAAAAUGUUGUGGGUUUUGAAACAUCUGAAAUGAGAAAUGCAUUUACCAAGGCAUUGAAAAGCUGUGGUUUUUACUUUCGAGAAUUCUUACUGUCUCCUGUGAGCUUGCAAAUCCCCAACAGUAGAAAUAGAUACUAUCUCAUAGCCAAGAAAUUUACCAACUUUGCAUUUGGAACAGAAACAGAUAUUAUGACAACCUUUCCAAGCAACAGUUGUGAGGUUACCAUGCCAGUUGGACAAAAGACAUUGGAGCCCUAUCUGGAGAAGAGUUUUGCAGACGAAGAACUGGCGCGCUUUUUACUUCCCGCCAAAACUUUGAUGAAGUACUGGCGGAUUUUUGACGUGCGACAAAGAUCCGACGUAUCGUCUUGCUGUUUCACCAAAGCCUAUUCUCACUAUGCAGAAGGCACUGGAUCUGUGCUGCAGCACGUUUCAAGUGAAUCAUUUCACGAAAAAUUCGCUGAAUUCGAAAAAGAUGGAAACGUUGCACAUCUGAAACUCUUGCAGCUCAGAUAUUUCACACCUCGAGAAAUCGCCAAUUUAAUGGGCUUCCCUGCUCAUUUUUCGUUUCCUGAAAACACUUCCCUCAAGACUCGAUAUCGACUCUUGGGAAAUAGCUUAAAUGUGCACGUUGUGUCCAGACUCUUAAAAAUAUUGUUGGAAUGAAAUAAACAAUCACUUAAAUAUUUUUUUCGGUAAUGU